ACAACAACUUGUCCGGAAAGUUUCCAUAUUGGCUCCGAAACUCGUCAAAAUUGGUUUUCCUUGAUCUUGGGGUGAACAAGUUAUAUGGAAUGUUACCUGCAUGGAUUGGAGAAUUGGUGAACUUGCGAUUUCUGCAGCUUAACCAUAACAUGUUUAUGGGGGAUAUUCCAGUCAACAUCACAAAACUUGUACUACUUCAACACUUCAGUUUAGCGAGCAACAAUAUAUCAGGAUCAAUUCCGUCAUCCUUGUCAAAGCUAACAGCAAUGACCAUAGAACAUCCACCGAGACUGGAUCCUUAGUGGUACUAUUUUGAUGGGGAUACGAACACGGAAAUUUUGUCUGUGGUGAUGAAGCAGCAAGAGCUUAAGUAUGGCACAUUUGCAGCUAAUGAGAUGGUCGGUGUUGACUUGUCUCUCAACCACUUAACAGGUGGAAUUCCAGAUGAUAUAUCUUCCCUUAAUGGAUUGUUGAAUCUAAAUUUAUCAUGGAAUCGCCUGAGCGGAAAAAUUCCAGUGAAGAUUGGGGAUAUGAAAUCACUGGAAUCGCUCGACCUCUCAAGGAACAACCUUUUCGGUGAAAUCCCAACGACCUUGUCAGAUUUGACGUUUCUAAGCUCCUUUGACUUGUCAUACAACAAUCUUGAAGGAACAAUUCCGACAGGACGUCAACUUGACACCAUCUACAACGAGAACCCGUCCGUGUACAGCGGCAAUAUCGGUCUUUGCGGGCCUCCUCUUGAAAAGAGUUGCCCAGGCAACGAUGCGCCAGAGCAUCCUAAUCAGCAGCAGGGAAGUGAAAAUGGUUAUAAUACAGUCUUGUUCUUCUACUUUGGGCUAACGGCUGGCUUCGUUGCCGGACUCUGGGUUGUUUUUUGUGCUCUACUGUUCCAUAGAGCGUGGAGGAAUGCUUAUUUCCGACUCUUCGACAAGCUAUAUGAUAAUGUGUACGUGUUUGCUGUUGUUACUUCGGAAAGUAUAACGAGUAAUACAGCUGCAAGUUAACUGGUGUGCUAAAUCAAAUAAGUCCCAUCAAAUAAAGCCGACCUGAUGCUGGUGGCAUUCUGCUAUUGAAAUACAUGAAUGGAUAAAGGUGAAGUAUUUAGUAGCUUGUACAAGCACGUGUUUAUUUGGGGUUUAACCUUGUAAUAUGAACAUUUUUGGUCAUGAUGAACCCGUUGAUUUUGGUUUUCA